AUGCAAAUGUUACAGAUGGUGAGGCUGGAACAAAUUGUUGCUGUGAAAUGGGUUUCUGCAAUGGGAUUGCAUUGUGGGUUGUGUAAAAGCUUCAAUCUCCCCAAUGAACCAGUCAAAAACUUAUCAAAGUACAUGAAAAGAACUGGACCAUUUUCAAAAACAACUCCCCUCACCUUCUGCAAAUAA